AUGACCAGCCCGCGAGGUAUGAGAGGCCGAGGAGGCCCUGGGCGGCGCACAUCAGAAACAAAUGACUUGCUGGAAGAGGCUCCAGAGAUGGAGCAGUACAGCAAAGAGAACUUACCUCCGGCCUCAGAGCACGAGAUUGAGUUCAUAGUACCGCAUGCCGCUUCUUUUCCGAGUGGUGAAAAAGUGCGAUCGCCACCGCUGAUGGUGCGAAAUUUCAGAUUUAGGAUACUGUGCUUUCCAUCGGGAACGUCGAGUGCUGGUGGAACUGCGGUCAGUGCAUUCGUGGAGGCCGAUCCUCCGGAAGGACUUGAUCCGCGGUGGAUUUUCCAAGGUGUCAAAUACCAGGUCGCACUCGUGAACUGGCUAGACUAUCGCAGAAGUAUCGUCAAGAGCGACACGUGGAGUUUCUCCAAGGAUGGAAUUGAUAGAGGUUGGCACGACAUGGUGAGGACGUCUGAGUUGUCUCAGGACACCGGCUGGUUAGGCCCACGUGACAGCCUGUGCUUCCGAGCAUGCGUUUGUGUUCGGCAGGCUGACAGUGUCCAAGCUGGUCAAGACUUCAACUGUAGGAAAGAAACCGGAUACGUCGGCCUGAUGAACCACGGCGCAACGUGCUACAUGAACGGUUUGCUGCAAAGCCUGUUCCAUGCCGGAGAGUUCAGGCGAAUCGUUUACUCCAUUGAAUGCGAGAAGGAGGAGAAGGCCUCAGAGCAUUCGGAGCAUACUUUUCGAUUCUUUUGCUUCGGUGUUACUGUUCGGCUUCUUGAGGAAGAUGCGCCGAUGGAGAAAGCAGGCGACACCGAUGCAGAAGGCUUGACUGCUAGCCUGAACGUGAUGUCGACCGUUUUCAGAUUGCGUAUCUCAUCUAUUGUCAAUGGCUCAGGAGAUGUCUCCCUGAUCCAGGCCUUGCAGAAUGUCUUCUACAGACUGCAGACCUCCGAGCAGGCUGUCAACUGCAAGGAGUUGAUGAAGUCCUUCGGCUGGGACACCACAGAUGCAUUCACCCAGCACGAUGCGCAGGAGCUGAACAGGAUCUUGUGCGAUCGACUGGAGGAGCAGAUGAAAGGUACUCCAAUGGAUGGUUCCAUCAAGAGGCUCUUCGAAGGCGAGAUGGAAAAUUACAUCGAGUGCCUAGAUGUCGACUACACCUCCAAACGCCGCGAAACGUUUUAUGACAUUCAACUGAACAUCAAGAGCGAGAAGGGGAAUGACCUCCAGACCAUAGAGGAGUCCAUGAAAGAGUUCACUGCGGAUGAGAUGCUUGACGGUGACAACCUUUACGAGGCCGAAGGCUAUGGAAAGCAGCGUGCAAAGAAGGGCAUCCGGUUUGUGCAGUUCCCUCCGGUCCUGAACCUGCAGCUGAAGCGCUUCCACUUUGACAUGGAACGCAUGGACAUGGUAAAACUCAACAGCCGCUUUGAGUUCCCACGACGCCUCGAUCUCUCGCAGUUUGCACCUGGCGCUGGGCAUUAUCUGCUACACUCCGUCGUUGUCCACAGUGGUGAUGUCAACAGCGGUCACUACUACGCCUACAUCCGGCCAAACUUGGACGAGCGAUGGGUGAAGUUUGAUGACGACAAUGUUACGCCCUGCAGCGAUUUUGCGGCGGUCGAAGACAACUUCGGGGGCAGCGACCCCAAUGCCUUCAACUACUUCGAUCGUAGCCCAUCUGAGCUCAAGAGCUUGCAAUGGCCCAGCCGUCCCCGUAUCCACAAUGCGUACAUCCUUGUCUACAUCCGCGAGGACUGUGCGGAGGAUGUCUUGCGCAUCCCUGAUCCGAUGCAGGUGAACAGCCGGAUGGUGGAGAGGUGUAAUGCCGAGGUACGAUUGCAAGAGCAGCGACGGCGUGAGAAGCUGGAGCUGCAGACAAAGAUCAGGAUAAACCUGAUCUUCGAAAAUGAGUUGUGUUCAAUGACCGGCUUCUGGGACUACACCAGCAUUCCGACGGGGCAGUCCUUCAAGAUGAACCGGGAUCAGUUCGUUAAGGACCUGCUCUCGCAUGCAGAAGAGAUUCUGCAGGUGAAUGCGAAUCACCUGGCUUUGUUUGCUCUUCACCUCCGAUCGAACCCACGACAGGUGAGGUUCGAGUUCAUGCCGCAUCUUAAGACCCUCAGGACGCAGAUACCGCCCGUCACCUCACCUCAUUACGACUCGCAAGAUCCUUGCAUCACCGUUCUUUGUGUGGCUGCAAGAGGCCACAAUGUUGGUCCACCUCCGCUAAGGUGGCAAAAUGAGUCUGCCGAGCCUGAAGAGCUGGUAAGGUGGGACGAUCAACAAGUGAUUAUGCUUGUGGUGAAGUAUUUCUGCAUCCAAAGACGAAAGCUUGUCACUUUGGGCUGCUUCUACAUGCCGCUGAACGACCCCCUGAUCAGCAUGGUCAAGAGCAACUGGGUGACUGAGAGGUUACAGCGUUUUUUGGACAGUCAGGAGGUGGCGCCACUUCCACCCCAAUUGCAAUCGGCUGGAGAGGAUGGUGCAAAGCUCGAAACAGCAUGGGAAUGCUGGGAAGAGUACACGGAGCGUGACAUACAAAGAAGAAGUGCCAAAAAGUCGGCUAAGAUGGAGCGGUUCAUGUGCGGAGACAUCAUCGUCUGGCAGCAAUCUUCGCCCUCUGCACCACCGGAGGUGGCCGGCGAGGAAAGUCCAAUGCAGCCAGGGCAGGUGGCGCCCACGUACCCGGUCAACAACGUCUUUGAUUUGCUUGAACACCAGCUGAAUUCCAUUGAAGUGCAAGUGACGCUGGUUGAUCGCAAGCAGCCUCUUUGCAUCGAUGGCGUCGUCAUGAACGGUCAUUGGGGGGCAUACCGGCCUGCAACAGCGCAGGUUCAGGAGGGAGUCCGGGAGGAGAAGCCAGAGGACAUCGCUCUUUCCAAAAGUCCAGCGAGCUUCUCGACUGCCGUGACCAAGGAGCUCCAAAUGGAUUUGCGGUGGACCCAAAGCCACGUAACAGGAAUCAUUGCACAAGCCUUUGACCUGAAGUCAGUCAUGACGCCAGCGUCGACUUCUUCCCCGGACCAUGAGACCUACUUGUGGCUUUUCCAGUCCUCGCCAUCGAAUGGAGAGGAGCCGAUCAGCACGAGCAUACACGCUCGAUCCACGCUGAAGGACAUUCAGCGGUAUGCUCCAUAUGUCUCACCAGCAGGAGGCAAGAAACCGCUGAACCUCCAUGCGGUCGAGAUGCCGUAUCGCGCAGGAGCUGACGGUUUAGAUUCCAACUUGUGGGCCUUCGGCGUGCGGUUUUUCGACUCGGCGGUCCGAGAGGUUGGGAGCGCAAUUUGUUAUGUGAAUCCUGGCAGUGGCACAGUGGAGGACUUGCUCAGAGCAGCCGAGCCCCACAUCGAGCCUGAGUGGAAGAUUUCGGGUCCGCUUCGCGCAAUGGAGGUCAUCGACGGCAUGGCAACACUCUGGAGGCCCACGGAGCCUCUGCGCAGUCUUCAUUGCUAUGGGAAGUACAACGUGCUUUACCACGCAGUGCGCAUCGAGGCAGAUCCUGACACGGCCACGAUGUCGCCGGAUGACAGACUCAUUGAGGUGUACCACUGUGACCGCUCAAGCCAGCAGGCUUUUGGUCAACCUCUGUUUCUUCCGGCCGCGCCUGGCGAGAAAGCAGGCACCUUCAAGAAUCGAUGUAAGGAGCGACUUGGAGUGCCAGAGAACGAGUUCAAGACCUGGAGGUUGGUCCGGACUGGGCAGAGGGCGGGGCGGCAGCAUCUGAAAGAUGACGACCCGCUGGAUUCAGAGUCCGGUCUGGACAACAGGAUUUGCCUUGAGCACGUGCACCCGAAUCCUAGCUGA